GAAUUACAGGCGUGAACCACCAUGCCUGGCCAGCUCUAUUUCUUUAAGCCUACAUGUUUUGCACUUGUUAAAAGUAUUUGAACAUACAGUUACUCAGCUUCCCUUGUUUAUGCUUGAAUUUUGUAUAAUCUUAAAUAUUUUUUCCAAUCUAAGGUUUAUUUUAUCCCGUUUCUUCUAUAUUUGUAUAACUUUAGGUGGCUAUCUUCAUUGAAAGUUUUUUCUCAAAAGCCUUAAAAUAGAACAUAGUUCUUGGCAGCAAUUUGAAAGUUAUUUGAGGAGAAGGGGAGACUUACAAUGAUGAUUCAAAUGAAGCAAACUAAAAAGUAAUGAAGCAAGACAGAGGAAAAAGCAGUAUUCACUUGAGCACAUCCCAAAAGAAUAACAUUUCAAAUAUGAUGAUUAUUCCCCACCUUCUAAGAGACAAAGACCAACGCGCCACCACAGCCACCAGUCCCAGAACCCGCCAAUGCUGGGGAGUGGAAAAUGAGGGAGUUCAACUCUGGCCCUCACAAUCCAGUGGAGGAGACGAAAAUCAUCUGCCUCUGUCCCUCUGGGCACGCCUCAUGCCAGGUGCAUCUGUGGACAGGGGCCAUGCUCCUGGGCUUCCAAAGUUGGAGAAAGCUGCCAGGCUCAGGUCUGAAGGCCACAAUUCUACAGCAAGUCCUGCGAGUCAAGCUGGGAGCAGGCUCGGUGGCUUCCGAGGCUCUGCGGGAGAAUCCGUUUCCUGGCCGUGGAGGUGGCCUGCACUCCUCAGCUUGUGCUGCCCGUCUCGAAUGACUGGAGUUUCCUGCUUCUGUCACUAUACCUCCCACCUUCUCCAUCACCUGCUCUGCUCUUAUAAGGAUCCGGAGAAAUGGAAUAAUCGUAUCGCUGAUCUACGUAAACAAAUUGAAGAAUUGUCUGAAAGAAAAUAUGACAUGAACUUAUGAAUUCAACAGGUGAAGAUUUACAACUUGAUUGAUCAGCUUCGUGAGCUCGAGCUGUAAAAGCCAAAGGUCCAGUGAUGAUCCCAUACCCUUUUUUCCAGUCUCAUGUUGAAGGUUUUUAUGUAGAAGUCCUUCCCAAAGGAAUUUUUUUUUUUUUUUUCUUUUUGAGAUGGAGUUUUCACUCUUAUCACCCAGGCUGGGGUGCAAUGGCGCAAGCUUGCUGGUCACUGCAACCUCUGCCUCCUGGGUUCAAGAAAUUCUCCUGCCUUAGCCUCCCAAGUCGCUGGGAUUACAGAUGCCCACCACCACACCAGGCUAAUUUUUGUAUUUUUAGUGGAGAUGGGGUUUCACCAUGUUGGCCAGGCCAGUCUCGAACUCCUGAUGUCAAGUGAUCUUCCCUCCUCGGCCUCCCAGAGUGCUGAGAUUACAGACGUGAACCCAUGCCUGGCCAGGAAUUUUGUUUUUUAGGAAAGCUUUCUACUAAUGGAAUUCCUGGCCUUGAGAGGAUAUUACUUUCGAAGGAAAGGAUUUUUUUGUUACUAAAAGAUCUGGAUCUAUAAUGAAGAGCAUGAAUUGGUUUUAAAUAGUUUCCUUUGUCUAGAUAUGUCAGAGACUCGCUCAUCAUACCCGGCACAGCUCAUGAAAUGCCACGGGUCAGGAGGAUCCCAGCAGUGGACCUUUGGGAAAAACAAUUGGCCAUACCAGGUGUCGGUUGGACAGUGCCUGAGAGCAGUGGAUCCCCUGGGUCAGAAGGGCUCUGUCGCCAUGGCGAUCUGCGAUGGCUCCUCUUCACAGCAGUGGCAUUUGGAAGGUUAAGGUGGAUGGUGUGGCAGGAACGUUGCUUCGUCAGGCGUUGCCUCCCGUGUGGAGUUUGGGGCUUUAGGAAAGCCUGGGUUGGGUGGAGCAGAGCCAUCUUGGAGAGGAUGACAGUUCUCUGUCCUCCUGGAGAUGCCUGGGUGUGUUAGCAGAGGUGACACAUGUCUGACAGAGAUGGGAGCUCUGUGUCCACAGGUGAAGAAGUAUGUUUCACCCAGACAUUAAGGUCAUUUUUGAGCUGCUGUUAAGGAAUUUCUUGCUUAUAGAGGCAAACCAGAGUAUCAUUUUAACCCUAGAAUCAGGCUUGUACAGAAGGAUAAAACCCAGGAAAAUGGAUAUUUCUAUUCAGAUUUAUUUAUGUCUCUUUUUAAUCCCCUUUAAUGAUGCAGUGGUUUUUAUCUGAUCAGGAACUUGUCAUGAUUUCCUUUGUUAGACUUCAUAGGAGAUAGUGCUUUUAAAAAAAAAAAAACUUCUAUUAUUUGUUUAGUAUGUUGUAAGCAGAUCAUUUUAAAAAACUGAAUUUGUAUUAUGUUUAACUUCAGAAGGCAUCAUUUAUAAGAUAGUAUGGCAGUUAACUAUUAUAAAAUUAUUUUGAUGAAUUAUGAUACAAUCUACAUAAUAAAGAAUCCUUUUGAUUAUUUAGGA